GGAGAAUCCUUAGCUAUACAUAUUCAUAAGCUUUCCCGCGCUUUGUGGUCACGUGGGAAGUUUCGCGCGAAAACUUCGGCUUGCAGGGGAAAGUAGCCGGAGAGUGAGCAGAACAGGCGUGUAUACAUCAAACCAGCACGAUGGCGGAUUCAUCCGAGUCUUUUCACAUGGCGACCAGCCCCAGCCGUGGCUCUCGGAGGGGGGACCUGACCUCCAGCCCGGGGAGAGACCUGCCUCCUUUCGAGGACGAGUCCGAGGGUCUGCUGGGGGACAACAUCCCUAAUGAGGAGGAGGAGGAAGGAGAUGGAGAAGAGCUCAUUGGGAACGGGAUGGAGAUGGACUACCGUGCCAUCCCAGAGCUGGAUCGGUAUGAAGAGGAGGGUCUGGAUGAUGAAGAGGACCUGAGUGAGCUCUCUCCUGGAGCUCGUGCGGCUGCAGAGGAGGCCAUGAGGCGCCGAGACCGAGAUCAAGGCAUGGGCCGCAUGGGAAGAGGCCUGCUGUAUGACAGUGAAGAUGAGGAUGACGAGCGGCCGUCUAAGAGGCGCAGGCGUCUGGCUGAGCGAGCGGCUGAGGGCGCCGGGGCCGAAGGUGAGGACGAGGAGAUGAUCGAGAGCAUUGAGAACCUGGAGGAUAUGAAGGGACACACGGUGAGAGAGUGGGUGUCCAUGGCUGCUCCUCGUCUGGAGAUCUACCACCGCUUCAAGAACUUCCUGCGCACACACGUGGACGAGCACGGGCACAACGUGUUUAAAGAGAGGAUCAGCGAUAUGUGUAAAGAAAAUAAGGAAAGUUUGCUGGUGAACUACGAGGAGCUGGCCUCCAGAGAGCACGUGCUGGCCUACUUCCUCCCUGAAGCUCCUGCUGAGAUGUUGAAGAUCUUUGAUGAAGCGGCGAAGGAGGUGGUGUUGGCCAUGUACCCCAAAUACGACCGCAUCGCUCACGAGAUCCACGUCCGUAUCGGGAACCUGCCGCUGGUGGAGGAGCUGAGAUCUCUCAGGCAGCUGCAUCUGAACCAGCUGAUCAGGACCAGUGGUGUGGUAACCAGCUGCACGGGGGUUCUACCACAGCUGGGAAUGGUCAAAUACAACUGUAAUAAGUGUAGCUUCAUCCUCGGCCCCUUCUUCCAAUCCCAGAAUCAGGAGGUGAAGCCAGGCUCCUGUCCGGAGUGUCAGUCGCUCGGGCCUUUUGAGAUCAACAUGGAGCAGACGGUGUAUCAGAACUAUCAGCGCAUCACCAUCCAGGAGAGCCCUGGGAAAGUAGCCGCUGGCCGUCUGCCCCGGUCCAAAGACGCCAUCCUGCUGGCUGAUCUGGUGGACCACUGCAAGCCUGGAGAUGAAAUUGAGCUCACUGGAAUCUACCACAACAACUAUGACGGCUCUCUGAACAUGGCCAAUGGCUUCCCAGUGUUUGCUACAGUGAUCCUAGCCAAUCACAUUGCUCGUAAAGAUGAUCGGGUGGCUGUGGCCGAGUUGACUGAUGAAGAUGUGAAGGCUAUCGUAGCUCUGUCCAAGGAUGAGCGUAUUGGAGAGAGGAUCUUCGCCAGCAUCGGACCUUCCAUCUACGGCCAUGAGGACAUUAAGAGGGGUCUGGCUCUGGCGCUGUUCGGUGGCGAGGCAAAGAAUCCAGGAGGGAAGCACAAAGUGCGCGGUGACAUCAAUGUGCUGAUGUGUGGAGAUCCUGGCACAGCCAAGUCCCAGUUCCUGAAGUACGUGGAGAAGGUGGCGAGCCGGGCCGUGUUCACCACCGGGCAGGGAGCCUCGGCCGUGGGUCUGACGGCGUACGUGCAGAGGCACCCGGUGACCCGGGAGUGGACGCUGGAGGCGGGAGCGCUGGUGCUCGCUGACCGAGGGGUUUGCCUCAUCGACGAGUUUGAUAAGAUGAAUGACCAGGACCGAACGAGUAUCCAUGAAGCUAUGGAGCAGCAGAGCAUCUCCAUCUCUAAAGCAGGAAUAGUCACUUCACUGCAGGCCCGCUGCACGGUCAUGGCUGCUGCCAACCCUAUCGGUGGUCGCUAUGACCCGUCCCUCACCUUCUCUGAGAACGUGGACCUGACCGAGCCCAUCGUGUCUCGUUUUGACGUGUUGUGUGUUGUAAGAGACACUGUGGACCCUGUGCAGGACGAGAUGCUCGCUCGUUUUGUGGUCGGCAGCCACAUCAAGCAUCACCCCAGCAAUAAGGAAGGGGGCGUGGCCGGGCUGGAAGAGGUGGUGCUGCCGAACUCUUCCGAUGUGCCGCCCAUCCCUCAGGAGCUGCUCAGGAAGUACAUCAUCUACGCCAAAGAGCGCGUCCGGCCCAAACUCAACCAGAUGGACCAGGACAAGGUGGCUCGUAUCUACAGCGACCUCCGUAAGGAGUCUAUGGCUACGGGCAGCAUCCCGAUCACGGUGCGUCACAUCGAGUCGAUGAUCCGAAUGGCCGAGGCUCACGCUCGGAUGCACCUCCGGGAUUACGUACAGGAGGACGACGUGAACAUGGCCAUCCGCGUGAUGCUGGAGAGCUUCAUCGACACGCAGAAGUUCAGUGUGAUGAAGAGCAUGAGGAAGACGUUUGCGCGGUACCUGGCCUUCAGGCGAGACAACAACGAGCUGCUGCUGUUCAUCCUGAAGCAGCUGGUGGCUGAGCAGGUGGCUUACCAGCGCAACAGAUACGGAGCUCAGCAGGACGUGAUCGAAAUCCCGGAGAAAGAUUUGGUGGAUAAGGCGCGGCAGAUCAACAUCCACAACUUGUCAGCGUUUUACGACAGCGACAUGUUCCGCUCCAACAAAUUCUCCCACGACCUGAAGAAGAAGCUCAUAAUGCAGCAGUUCUAGAGCUCCUGCUGGAUCGGGUGGGACUGCGUUCAUGACUCUGGAUAUGUUGUACAUAUAUUUCCCUGCAUCUCCUCCCACUGUGGGACUGGAGGAGUUCUGAAAUGGACAGAAUUGGUUGAUGGUUCUGAAGGACGUUACCACAUUUGCUGUGGUCUCUUCUGGUGUUUCUUGUUGUAAGAAAGAAAAGAAAUGUUGCUUUUGUACUUUUUUCUAUUGUUCAGUGCAGAAAUACUCUGCAUGUGUCGACUGUAAAAAAAGAUUUGUGCCAUGUUAAAAAAUAAAUAAACUAAUUCAUAAUAAACAA